UAAACAACUGUAGAUACGUUACUUUAUGACCAGAGUUUUGGCAAAGUGGACAAAGUGAAAGUGGGCCCCUCUCUUUUGCUUUGCUCAAUGGCUGUAAAUUGUAAUAUAAACAAAUGUAGAAGUAGGGUCUUUUCUUGCAUUACAAUAUCUAUCUCCACGAGAAAAUCCCAAGCUCUCCCGCCUUACCAAGUCUUGAAUCUUACCAUUACUUGCUUGGAAGUACUAGUAUUAGUAUACAAAAGAAGUAGAAAGAUUAAGUGGAUAGAUAGAUGUGGGAGUUAGGGAAAGAGAAGCUCAAAUAAAGAAGAAACAGAGAGAGGAAAAUAUCAACAGUAGAGAGAGUGAGGAGUGGAGUAUAUGUGGAGGAGUUUCUUCUCUGGAGAUGAUGGAUACCCCAGAGAAGACCCAGAUCAACUCUUCAAUCUCUAAGUUUGACGAUUCCCCAGUCUUUAACUAUAUCAACAGCCUUUCCCCCAUAAAACCGGUCAAAUCCAUACACGUUACGCCGACAUUCAACCCUUUUUGUUUUGCAUCACUUCCAUCUAUUUUCACUUCACCCCAUGUCAGCUCUCACAAGGAAUCUAGAUUCCUGAAAAGGCAUAGCAAUACAGAUCCAUCAAAACCCGAGUUGUCUCCUGGAGAGGGGACUACAGUUAGUACAAAUGAAGAUGCUGGUGUGGAAGCAGGUCAUCUCUGUGAUAGCUCUGAUGAGCUACAGGAGAAUUUUGAUACAGCAGUUUCCCUGGGUGAAACUUCUCUUGAGCUGCCUAAUGAACCUUCAAGAUUUGCAAAUGAGCUCCCACAGACCUUAAAGUUUGAUUGUGGUAGCCCCAACUGCGACCCAGAACCUUGUAUUAUUGAGAUGAAUUGUGUCUCAGAAUCGGCUUGCACAUCUGUCUCAAUUGUUCCGUUUGUUCAAGAGGCCUCUGAAAAAGGUUUAUCUGAUGGAGUGGAAGUGGUGGGCAUUUGCCAGAUUGAUCAAAAAAGGGAAACUAUAGGGUGUGAAUGGGAGAGUUUGAUUUCUGAUGCAUCUGAUCUAUUAAUUUUUAAUUCCCCUAAUGGUCCAGAGGCUUUUAGAGGUGUAAUUCAGAAAUCAUUGGACCCUGGUGCACGAUUUUGUCCUGCUCUUAUUUCUCGGUUCCCACAAGAUGAUAUCAAUGAGGUGUGCCAAACUACUGUUGAUUCUAAUGAGUAUAAAGAUCCUUCUCUGCAACCUGGAGAAACUGGUGAGCUGAAGGAAAUAAACCAUGUGAAUGGAAAUUUUGAGAAUACUAGUGUGACUAACUGCAUGGCUGGCAGUCUGACUGAUUAUGUGGAAAGUGGGAUGUGUGCCCCAUUUUCUUUGAAGCCUGGUUCUAAUUUGCAUCGUGGAUUGAGAAGGCGUUGUUUAGACUUUGAGAUGCUAUCAGCUCGGAGGAAGAACUUAGAUGAUGGUUCAAAUUCCAGUUCUUCUGUAGAUAACCAAUUGGUGCUUGGUAAGCCUGGCAAUGAUUCUUCAAGGUGCAUUGUACCAGGAAUUGGUUUGCACUUAAAUGCUCUUGCAAUAACCUCAACGGAUAACAAGAAUACCAAGCAUGAAACUUUUUCUUCUGGGACACAAAAGCUAAGUUUCCCUAGCUCCACUCCAUCCAUUUUACCCCCCACAGCAGGUCAAGAAGCUGUUCAUGAAUUUUUUACUUCAGCCUCUACUGAAAAAGAAACCAAUGCUGUUGAAAAUGGAGUUCAAUUUGCAGAAGAUGCUUCUCAGGCAUCUGCCUAUUUAGUUAAUGAAGAGUUCAAUCAAAACAGUCCCAAAAAGAAGAGACGGAGAUUGGAACAAGCUGGAGAGAGUGAGGCCUGUAAGCGUUGCAACUGCAAGAAGUCAAAGUGUUUGAAACUCUACUGCGAAUGCUUUGCUGCUGGUGUAUACUGCAUAGAGCCAUGUUCAUGUCAAGACUGCUUUAAUAAGCCUAUCCAUGAAGAUACUGUCCUCGCAACUCGCAAGCAGAUCGAGUCUCGUAACCCACUUGCGUUUGCUCCCAAAGUGAUCAGGACCUCUGAUUCAAUACCUGAAGUUGGGGAUGACUCUAGCAAAACUCCAGCCUCAGCUCGACACAAAAGAGGAUGCAAUUGCAAGAAAUCAAGUUGCCUGAAGAAAUAUUGUGAAUGCUAUCAGGGUGGUGUUGGAUGCUCCAUCAACUGCAGAUGCGAAGGGUGUAAGAAUGCAUUUGGGAGGAAGGAUGGAUCUGCUAUAGUGGAAACAGAAGAGGAGCCAGAAGAAGAAGAAACUGAUCUUUCAGACAAUAGUGGGAUGAACAAAAAAUUAGAAAAAACUGACAUCUUGAAUAGUGAAGAGCAAAAUCCAGUUUCUGCUCUACCAACAACUCCACUACAGCUUUGCAGAUCCUUGGUUCAACUGCCAUUUUCAUCAAAGAGCAAGCCGCCACGUUCCUUUAUUGCCAUUGGAUCAUCUUCCACACUGUUUAAUGGACAAAGAUCCAAGCCUAAUAUUAUUCGGCCUCAAAACAUUAUUGAAAAGCAUUUCCAAACUGUUGCUGAAGAUGAAAUGCCCGAGAUUCUACGAGGCAAUUCUUCUCCCGGCACUGGCAUUAAAACUUCUUCUCCCAACAGUAAGAGGAUCUCUCCUCCUCAAUGUGAGUUAGGGUCAACCCCUGGUCGUAGGAGUGGCCGGAAGUUGAUAUUGAAGUCAAUACCCUCAUUUCCUUCUCUUACUCCUCAGCAUUAAAGUGGAAACUUUGCAGUUUCCAUAAAGUUAAGAGGAAAAUUUUUUAAAUCUUUGUUAUGUUCGAAAGUAUGGCGUUCGCUUUUAGGUUGCAUCUGUGUAAUAAAAUUAUAUCUUGCUUCCAUAAUGUUCAACUUCUCCUGUAUAAUAUGGUAUCUUUAUUUAAUUUCCUACCUCAAUUUUGUAAAUUUCAUUAUUGUUCUCAGCUUCUC